AUGGGCGUCAACAUCAUUGAGCGCAUCCAAGCCAAGAUCGAGCUCUUCCGGCUCGAGCAGCGGUACACCCGCCGGCGCCACCGGCGCUCCACCUUCGUCUCCAACGCCAUCUACGUCGACGGCGAGUACAUCUACAACACCCCCAACACAACCGGCUCCUCCUCCGCCACCGCCAGCACCAAUGCCAGCGCCAGCGCGGCCACCGACCCGUCCUCCAAACCCCGCGCCGGCCGUCUGAACCGCUGGUCCUCCAUGACGGGCUUCGGCUCCCUGUCCAAAGUCUCGGCGCCGCAAGUCAACACCACCGCCCAGCACGACUGGCGGACGGACAGGCGCGCCAGCAUCGGCCGGUAG